CUAUCUCUUUUGGCGGGAUUGGACAUUGCGUGUUGAUUGCGUGUUGUCUCUUGUCGCAGAAAUAUUUUGAUUUGUGAAUUUUGUCCUGUUGCGGCCAACAGUACGGUAUUACCUCAUUAACUCAUUUAUACAUUGGUGGACUGCUGUGUGCCAUUAUCUCAAUCUGGACGACGGUGAAAACAGGGCGCCUGGGGCGAUUUGAUCAAGGCUGUUUCCCGCUGCUGACCAUGUGGAGUAGUACCGAGAAGCCAGCCCAGGGUGGCGGGUUCAUGCAGUCACCCGGCCAGUUUGGCUCACCCAGUGCUGGCUCCACAGAGAAGCGCCAGGAUCGUAUCCAGUCAGUAGUGCCUGUGGCUGUGGCCACAGUGCUGGCCACGCCCCAGGACCAGCCGCUGCGGGUGUCCGGUGCUGAGGUACACAUGGCAGUGUUGGUGGGUCGGCUGGAGACCAUCGACCGCGGCGGCACCAAGGUCUCCUACACCCUGGCCGACGAGACGGGCACUCUGACGGCGCUGCGCUGGAUCGACGCCGAGGCUGGCCCCGAGCCGGACUCGGACCUGGCCGAGGGCAUGCUGGUGCGGAUGGUGGUGCGCGUGCGGCCCGGCCCCAGCAAGGGCGGCGCCGGCUCGACCAACAUCAUGUGCUUCCACCUGGAGGCGGUGACGCCCGAGGAGGAGCUGAUCCACCGGCUGGAGGUGCAGCACGCGGCGCUCACCAUCGCGCACGUGGCCGCGCUGUCGGCCGGCGGAGGCGCUGCCAACGGCGGCGGCGGCGGCACCGGGCUGACCAACUCGAUGGUGGGAGGCGGCGGCGGCGCCGACGUACCGAUGGUGACCGGCGGCGGGAUCGUGGGUCUCAGCCCGCAGCAGCAGAUGGUCUACUCGGCGAUCCACGCGGCGGUGGGCGACCAGGGCGUGCACCGCGACCAGGUGUACGGCUCGCUGACGGGCAAGGUGCCGCGGCCCGAGAUCGACCGCAUCAUGGAGUUCCUCAGCAACGAGGGACACAUCUACAACACCACCGACGACGACCACUUCAAGGCCACCGACUGCUGAGCGGUGAGCCGCGGACAGCCGGGAAUACGGCGCUGACGGUUUCAGCCGGCUGGGACGGCGCGGUGGUCUGACGCUGACGGUCGGGGAGGCGCCGAGUCCGGCGCUGGCCGGUGAGAGUCCGCCGCUAGCGCGAAUGCACGCUGGCAUGAUCGUGAAAGGGUCGCUGGGGUGCCUAGAGCUGUCAGCACAGUCGACUGCUCGACGGUGGAGAUGUUGGAUGGAUGUUGUUGACCGGGUGCGAUCGUCCUGCUUUCAUGGUGACGAAGAGGCGAUCAUGGAAACCGUUCUCUGAGCUCAGAGGUCGGUUCGGGGGGGGGGGCAGGGAGGGUCAGUUGUCAGUUGUCACGUGCCGUUCUAUAGCACUGCUGUGUGCGGGGCAGCUGUCCGCCCCAAGCAUGCGUUUCAGUCUGUCAGUCACGUGUGUUAUUUCAUGUCAAACAAAGCGUGGUCAUUGGAAUAAUACAAGAUGUUUCCUAGAAAAGUUUAAA